CGGGUUUGUGAAGGAACACUAGAUUGCUAAAGUACAUGCAGAGAUUCAGUAUUUUACUGCAUGUGACAAUUGUAGAGAAAUUGAUAAUUGCAUUUGUUGAAGCUGUAAAGGGUGUGAUUGUGUUAUGACUGUUGGACUGUCCAAUUAAACACAUCCAAGAUCUGUGUGUGUGUGUGUGUGUGUGUGUGUGUGUGUGUGUGUGUGUGUGUGUAGUCACAGGAAUAAAAGCUCUUGACUCUAGAUGGCCUCUCAACAGUAAAAUUUACAUAAAACAGGCAGAUGACCAAAGCAAAUUCAUGCUGUGCUAUUUACGCAAGAGUGAGUUAGUAAAUAGAUUUUAUUUUAAUGUUUUAAUCUUUUUACUGGAAAAUAAGAGUCCUCUCGUUCAUCUCAUUUUACUCAUCUCUUUUGUCUUGGCAAAAUUAAAUGUGCAUUACAUAUGCUGCUUUUAUAGUGAUUAGAAUCGGUAUUUAGCCUGGAGGCUUUUUGUGCAUGUGUGUUUGUGUGUGUGUGCGUGUGAUUCUUGCUGAGAGGCUUAUGUGUAGUGUUAAAGUGGAUGACGCAGGAAGCUUUGAGCCACCUGCUCUCUGUCAUUACAACAAUUUUGCUGUACCAUUUGGACAACUCCAUGCUAACCAGCCUUUUUGCAAUGUGUAUCAUAUCUGACGAAGCAAUAGAGCAGUUAAAAUGGCAUUUAAAACAAUUUGACAAGAGGAUUAUGGAUAGUCGUGUUUAAAUCAGCUGAAUAACACACUUGGAUUGGAGUUGGUGCUGAUCAGGACGGCUACAUUUGCCAUCAUUAUUUCAGCCUGUGAAACAUUAUUUUCUUCGGUGGACUAAUUUUGUUUGUCUUGUAUAGUUUGCGUUAUUGGUUGCAUUCUUGGACAUUCAAGCACAUGUACAAACAGUAUGUGAUUAAAAACAGGACAGGCAUGUCAGAAUGUUGCUUCAAGGCUCUGAGAUGGUGUCUGCAGCAGAAGAGCGUUUGGGGCCAAUGCGACUGACCCAGGAGCCCAUUCAGGUGUUACUGGUCUUUGCUAAAGAGGACAGUCAGAGCGAUGCGUUCUGGUGGGCGUGUGAGCGGGCGGGGUUCAGGUGUAACAUCGCACGAACACCUGAGUCUGCGGUGGAGUGUUUCUUGGAUAAACACCACGAGAUCAUCAUCAUUGAUGGCCGGCACUCACGGUACUUUGAGGCUGAUGCCGUCUGCCGGAUGAUUCGAGCGACCAAGCCUUCUGAACAAGCUGUUAUUUUAGCAGUGAUGCCACAAACUCCCUCAGAUCAGGAGGAACCAUCUGUCCUUCCUCUUCUCUCUGCUGGCUUCUCCAGAAGGUACCUGGAGAACAGUAGUGUGUCAGUCUGUUAUAAUGAGUUAAUCCAGUUAGAACACGGAGAGGUUCGAGCCCAGUUCAAACUGAGGGCUUGUAACUCGCUUUUCACCGCAUUAGAACAGUGUCAGGAAGCCGUGGAGAUCAGCAGUGAAGAUCAUGUCAUACAAUAUGUAAAUCCAGCAUUUGAAAAGAUGAUGGGCUAUCAUAGAGCCGAACUGAUCGGUAAAGAGUUGACCGAACUGCCUAAGAGUGAGAAGAACAGCGCCGACCUGCUGGACACCAUCAACACCUGCAUCAAGAAAGGAAAGGAAUGGCAGGGGAUCGUUUUCUCACGGAGGAAGUCAGGGGACAGUAUUCAGCAAUAUGUCAGAAUCACUCCUGUGAUUGGCCAGGGAGGAAAAAUCCGCCAUUUUGUGUCCAUCAAGAGGCCUUACAGUGACAACCACAAACAGGUUCAUAAGUUGAGUAAAGAAGAGAAAAGCUGUGGUGAACACUCACAAUCAGAAUGCAAUUCCUUGCGUCACAAGGACCGGAGGAAAGAGUCUGUGGACGUCAGAUCCAUCAGCUCUCACAGCAGCGAUGCUCCCAGUCUACAGAACCGCAGAUAUUCCUCUAUGGCCAGAAUCCACUCCAUGACUAUUGAGGCACCGAUCACUAAGGUGAUAAAUAUCAUUAAUGCAGCGCAGGAGAGCAGUCCUGUGACAGUAGCUGAAGCUCUGGAUCGUGUUCUGGAGAUUCUGCGGACCACUGAACUCUACUCACCCCAACUGGCCUCAAAAGAGGACGAUCCUCACACCAAUGACCUGGUGGGGGGGCUUAUGAGUGAUGGACUCAGAAGGCUCUCUGGGAAUGAGUAUGUCCUCUCCAAAAGUGCAUUACACAAUAUGAGCCAGAGUCAACUGGCAGUGCCUGUCCCGUUAAACGACAUCCCGUCCUCCAUCGCAGAGCUGCUUAAUGAGGAGGAACGCUGGGAAUUCAAUAUCCUGGAGCUGGAAGCAGCUACUCACAAGAGGCCACUCUCAUACCUGGGGCUGAAGAUCUUCUCUGCUUUUGGCAUGUGUGAGUUCCUGAACUGCACAGAGGCCACGUUGCGCUCGUGGCUGCAGGUGAUCGAGGCUAAUUACCACGCAUCCAACUCUUACCACAACUCAACACACGCCGCAGACGUCCUGCACGCCACAGCCUACUUCCUGCGCAAGGACAGAGUCAAGGGCAGUCUUGACCAGUUGGAUGAAGUAGCAGCACUUUUGGCAGCAACCGUCCAUGACGUUGAUCACCCGGGCCGCACCAACUCAUUCCUGUGCAAUGCAGGGAGUGAGCUGGCCAUUCUGUACAACGACACGGCCGUCCUGGAGAGUCACCACGCCGCUCUAGCUUUCCAGCUUACUGUACGAGACAGCAAAUGCAACAUCUUCAAAAACAUGGAAAGGACUCAGUUUCGGACCCUACGGCAGGCAAUAAUAGACAUGGUGUUGGCGACAGAAAUGACGCGACACUUCGAACACGUCAAUAAGUUCGUAAACAGCAUCAACAAACCCAUGAGUGCCAUUGAGGAGACGAGCUCCAAUAGUGAAGGCAGUGAUUGUGAGGGUCCGGCCAGUAUUCGCAACUCUCCUGAGAACCGUCUGUUAAUUAAACGGAUGCUGAUUAAAUGUGCCGAUGUGGCCAAUCCCUGCAGGCCUCUGGAGCUCUGCAUCGAAUGGGCUGGUCGCAUUUCAGAGGAGUACUUUGCUCAGACUGACGAGGAGAAAAGACAAGGUUUGCCGGUUGUCAUGCCAGUGUUUGACCGGAAUACCUGCAGCAUUCCUAAAUCCCAAAUCUCAUUUAUCGACUAUUUCAUCAUGGACAUGUUUGAUGCCUGGGAUGCCUUUGCAAGUUUGCCAGGUCUGAUGGAGCAUUUGGCAGAGAACUACAAAUACUGGAAGAACUUGGAUGAGAUGAAAUGUAAAAGUCUGCGGCCUCCACCUCUUCCGUGACUCCUUUGCCCUCAAGGUCAAAGGUCAGAGGAAUGCAGCAUCUCUUUCCGGCCCUCCAAGAUUCCGUCCAUAGAGCACAGAUAAGCAGCCCUGUUUCCCUGACGAUGCUCCGCCUCAAUCGACAAUCGCCCCGGUAACAAGGGUAAAACACAAACAAACGACUAAACGAAUGCACUUUAUCAGCAUAGAGUUCUCUUCCAGCAUCUUUUCACUUUCUUCUCUUCUCUUUUUUUUUAAAUCCCUUUGUUCUCCCACUGUUUUUAAUGAUUUCUGGAGAGUAAUUUUUUUUGCAAUGUCUGACACAAGAAGACUGAUCUUAAUCCAGUAGAGGACUGUAUCUUCUAUUUUCGUAAAAAUAUGGGACUGAAGGGUGAAUGCUCAGAGAGAUCUGUGUCUAUACACAUGCACACAUAACAUUAACAGACAUGUGGAAUCACAGAUCCAAAUGCCAAAAGGGUUUUAUUUGGACUCUGAAGCAGGAGAAAAACUGAAUGUCAGUGGGACUGAGCUACUUUGGAAACUAAAAAAGGACCCAGUAGUGAGCCCUGAGGCACGCCACAUUUUCCCCCUUAUUGAUUUUGUUAAAAUUCAACACGAAUGGAAUAUUUUGACAAUAUUAUUGACAGAAGCAAAUGUCAGGUUGCCAAAACAGAAGAACCUUUGUAGACGCAUUUGUAAUCGGACAAUUAAUUGGAAUUGGCCAGCACUGAAUGUGUUUCAGUGUGCGAGAUUGUAAAAUCUGCGAAGGAUCAGCCCACUGUGGGCCGUCAUUAUUCCGGCACUUUCUGUAUCAGAACUACUCAAGCCUUUCUCAGACUCCGAGGACUGGUGUGUAAUAAUCAAUAAUUUUGAUAUUAAUAGCCAAUAAUAGCAAAGAAUAUAUUUCUCAGAAACACUGUAUAUCCAGACACAUACUGUAAUAACGUGAAUCAUGAUGAUGCGUGUGUAUAAGCAAAAGAGGAAGUGUGUUUAUGUUACAAUGUGCUUAGUGAUGAAUGUAUUAGAAUAAUUUUUACAUUUUACACAUUACAGUUAACAUUCCUACUUCAUGUAACAGUCUGUACGGAUGCAACAUUCCCUUAUCUUCAGAGUUAUACUGUGUGUAAACAUAAAAUCCAGCGCAGCCUCAUAACGAUACCACCAACACAUUGACAUUUGCUUAUGUUGAUAGUUGGGAUUUCACAUAUUUUAGGUGUUACAUCAUUUUUAAGUAUUAUUUAUUUACAAAUGUGCUCAGCUGUAAAUCGCUGUUGUAAUCUUUUACCAUAGACCCGUAUUGCUGAUGAGCUUCAAAAGCUCAUUUUUUGUAGGCCAAAAACCAGCGCCAAAGGUGCGUUUAUAAUCAAACAUGAUGAUGAGUUUUAAACAGAUGUUUGGCUGAAGCCAUUUAGACUGGAAAAAGAACUAGUUUAGAUUUCUAAAAAAUCUGUCACUCAAGACAUAAAAAAAAAAUGUUUUUAUUAAACAUAGCUGUUGGUGUCAUUUGUUAUUUGCACACCUAUUUUUUACCGGGUUACAUUUGGACACAGCCGAAUUGCACUGGCUCGCAGGCAAGCUUAGUAGAAAUGUAUUAAAUGUUUAUAUUCAGUUGCCAUUUGGCCUUUUACUCUUUAUUCAUUGUCGUAAAGGAGCUCUUGAGAAAUUCAUCUUCACAGUUCUAGAACACCAGCAUGACACCACACGAGUUCUGUUAGGUUCUGCACCGAGGGUUCUAAAUGUGAUGACAUCAUAAUGACUUAAAGAAUUCUGGCACGCAUCAUAAAGGCAGAUGAUUUCACCUGAUGAUGCCCUUGUAAGAUGGCAGCUGUCAUUUUUGUUGUGAAGCGCUCCGGACAGCAUUGUGCGGUUAAAGGCAUGCGGUGCACAUUCAGCAGCUCGCAGGGUUUUGAUUUUUCCUCUUUCCUGUUCUCUCAUCCUUCCUGAUUCUAUCCGUUUCCCUCCCUUUUUCUUUUUUCUUUAAUGUGCUCACAAGGGUAGAGCAGUAGUUUUGGAAGCACUUUUGAAGCCUGUAUCUCUAAUAUAUAAAGCAUUCUUGAUGCAUUAUAAAGUUAAAAUCAGUAGGUAUCAGUUUAUAUUGAGAUUUGAAAAUCAUCAUAUUCAUCUAAAUCAGACAAUGUUUGUAGCGGAUAAUAUCAGAGAUUUUUUCUAAUAAAAAAAAAUUGUUUGAUUAAAUAUUUCCGUUUAACCGCUGGUAUACAUUAUGAUUUAACACAUGAAACUGGGUUAUAAUUAAGGCAUUAUGCUUUUUAAAGAUACAACUGAAAUUAAAUAUACAUUGUAAUGAAUUGCAACUUUGGUUACAGUCAUGCAUAAGAACAUACAACUGAUUUUAUAAAUGCAUUAAGAUUUCCUUUAUGAUAUACUAUAUAUGCAUUUUGACCCAUUUUUGCCAGUUUAUUGCUAUGAAUGCUGCAGUAUGCAGAUUAUGGUGGAUGCUCUUGUCGCCCUCUAGUGGUAAAUCCAGAGAUCCGCACACAUUAUUGAACUCCAAUGACGCUGUUGAAUAGUUUUUACAUAACUAUGAAAUAACAAGUAUCAAAGAACUUGUGUUUGUUUGUGUUUUAGGAGAAAUUAUGUUUUUUUGUUUGUUUUUUUUAAUAGCAGUAUAAUCAUGUUACCUAAAGCUCUUGUCAAGAAAAGUACCACAAAUAAAACUCUUAAUUGACACUACCAGUCAAAUGCUUGGAUGCACUUUGUUUAAGAUAUUAAAUUAUUGAAGUAGUUUUGAAAUUUAAAUUGUGCCUACUUUACCUCAUCAGGAUGAAGACUGAAGACUGGAGUAAUGGCUGCUGAAAAAAUAGCUUUGCCAUUAAAAGGAAUAAAUAAAUUUUUUA